UUUCAUAAUUGAAAAUAGGUCCCUUGGAUGAAAGUGCCAACAAUGCUUCUGGAAAACUGGAUGAGCAGAAGAUUUUAGAGUUCAUAGAAUCAGCAUAUCCAAAUCCUUUGUCUGUUGAGGAGUUAGUUAGACAGUCAAGAGGCAAUGAAGAAGAAGUUCGUAGUUAUGUCGACCAGCUCCUUUCUAGAUCUUUGAUCAAGUGUCUUGGUGAUAAAAACUAUACAAGAGUUACUCAGAAUGAUAAAGAUGUCAAAAUGGUUCAUCAGAUGCCAAAGGUUGUUAGUUUCCAGCAGCCAACCAUUGCAAUUAUUACAGCCCAGUACUGUGAGAAGGUGGCUGUUGAUGCAAUGAUAGAAAACAGAGAUGUGUAUUUCAGAUAUAAAACAGAAGGUGAAUCCCACGUCUAUACCCUUGGUAACAUUGGGUCACAUCGAGUUGUAGCCACUAAAUUACCUUGUGUUGGUCAUGAUCGAUCAGCUAUGAUUGCUGCUGGUAACACAACUACUCGACUUUUAGGUACCUUUCAAAAUGUUGAAUAUGUUUUCCUUGUUGGAGUUGGUGGUGGAGUGCCUCAUUAUACAGACUAUAAGAAGCAUGUGCGAUUAGGAGAUGUAGUAGUGUCAGCACCGACAGAAGAACAUAAUUACAUUUAUGUAUAUUGUGAAAAGAAGAAGGCUCUAGGACUACAGGGUACGAGUUCUUCUGGUGGUUACAAAGUGAGAACAUGGGCUUUACCCAACUAUGAGUUGCAGAAGUAUGCACAGCUCGUGUGGCAGCAGCAGAGUUCAAACAUUCUGCAGUGGCAAAACUACAUUGAAGAAGCACAGCAACUGUUGUUGGAUCAAGAAGCAAACUUUUCCCGACCAUCAUCUGAGUCCGAUAAACUUUUUGUAUCUGUUGAGGGAGAAAAUGUGAUCGAGGUUUCUCAUCCCGAACCCCCAACAGGAACAGAAGACCUACAUACGUCAAUUUCCCCAGUUGUUCACUUUGGUGUUGUUGGCUCUGGCAAGAUGGAUGAUACAGAAAGACUCGAGUUUGCUCAUCAACAUGGCAUCAAAGCAUUUGAUUCUGAGUUUGAUGCAGUAGCUGAGUCUUUGUAUGGAAAUCGUCAAGACAACUACAUUUUCCUAAGAGGCAUUUCGGACUACAGAGAUGGAACGGUAGAUAAAGAGUGGCAACCAUACGCAGCCCUGGCAGCAGCAGCAUUUAUGAAGGCUGUGAUUAAUUCCUUAAAUUAGGAAACCGAAAUUUUGCUUGUUAUAUAAUUACUCUAUUCUGUUUAACUUACUCCCGAUCAGUUAAUUACUCUUUUCUGUUUAACUUACUCCCAAUUAAUUAAUUACUCAUUCUGUUUAACUUACUCCCAAUCAGUUAAUUACUCUUUUCUGCUUAACUUACUCCCUUUCAGUUAAUUGCUCGUUUCUGUUUAACUUACUCCCAAUUAAUUAAUUACUCUUUUUUGUUUAACUUACUCCAAAUAAAUUAAUUACUUUUUUCUGUUUAACUUACUCCCAGUCAGUUAAUUUACUAUUGAAAUUAAAUGAUUUAACCAACUUAUGUCAAAGAUAAUUACUUGAAGAACUUUGUUUAUUUUUUAAGUAAUUUAUGUGCCUCUAUUUUUACUUCUCUUUCAUUGGUUAUUAUAACUGGUUCAUUCAGUAUGAACAAAAGUAAGAAUGUUUUUCUGUUGUAGCUCUUCUGUUGUCUGUUUAUUGGUUCAUUCAGUAUGAAUAAAAGUAGGAAUGUUUUUUGUUGUAGCUCUUCUGUUGUCUGUUUAUUGGUUCAUUCAGUAUGAAUAAAAGUAGGAAUGUUUUUUGUUGUAGCUCUUCUGUUGCUUGUUUAUUGGUUCAUUCAGUAUGAAUAAAAGUAGGAAUGUUUUUUGU